AAUUAGUUUAUUGUGAUAUCUGUAUUGAAGAUGGAUUGUGGGUUAAGAACAAGUUUUUGGACCAGGUUUUAGGAUAGUUAUAUCUAAUUAUAUUCAUUUAAAAUAUGUGAAAUUUUAUUUAUGUAGAUUAGAAUUGCUGAUACUCAAAGCAUCCUAAAUUAACAUUAUAAGGCUAAUAUAAUAUAAGGAGGCUCAACUCCAUGUUUCAAUGACUUCUAUGAGAGAGAGUGUCAAUGCCCAUUUAAUGAAGGAUGAAGUCCUUACAUCUUUCGAUCGAAUGUCCAAAACCAUCACAAAAUUGGGUCAUUACUUCUCAUAGUUGGAGAAAAACUCCGUUUUGCACAGCCAAAGAGAUUGAUAAUGGGCUAAGUGCUUUGCCUAGACAUGACUCACUAGAUGACCUUGAUAUUGCUAUAUAUAGUUAAAAUAUUAUUGAUGAUGCUUGAUGAGAUUAAUGCCUAAGUUAGAAAUUUCAUAUGAAAAGAUGGUAGAGAACAAAAUAUACCUAUUUGCUCUAAAGUUUUAGUUAUAAUUGUAGGUGAUUUUAGCAAUAAAAUUAUCCACCGUUUGUGUUAUAAUAUAUAUACAACAUUUUCCAAAAUCAUCUUACAUAAAAGCUUAUAGCAUUAUCCGCGCAUCGUGCAGGUAACCUGCUAGUAUUAUCUAGUAGUAGGUAGAGUGGAUAGGUAAAAUUAUAAUCAGUUUGAAGCUUAGAGCUAGAGCUUUCACAAGUUUAUCCUAGGAUAAAACAUGUUUAGCCAAGAAAGAAAAAAACGAAGGUUGAACUGUUGAUCAAGAUUGGAUGCAUUCAGUUGACAUAUAUUCAAUGACAUGGGAAAGUAGUUGGAGAAGAAAGGCAGGUGAAGAACAUGUUUCAAGCUAUUUGUACCACAGAUAUGUCUAUGACCAGGCUAGCUUCUUGCAUGACUAAACACCCAGAGUACUUACUAAAUUAGGAAGUUUUUGUGUUACCAAAAGAGUAUAAAUGAGAGAAGAAGUUUACUGCAACUCUUUGUACUUGACAUCCAAGAAAGCUCCAGUUCCUAUGGGAAUAUGUACUAUUGCUAGGUACAAAGUAUAAACUUUCUAUGUGGCAGAAUCCAGUAUGCUUUUGCAAGAGGAGGCCAAACACUUAACAAUCAAAAGCUUCCAGGUCCCUUAUACACAAACUCUUGAGCUUAAUCACUAGCAAAACUGGAAACUGAGAUAUAAACUUAUGUCACCUCCAAUUGGGUAUUGUCGUCUAAACGAACUACUGAAAUCUGAUGAAAAAAAUACUUGUUAAUGCUCUGAUUUCCAAGAAUUUCAGUUGAAGGAGAAACUUCAUUUGAGUUCAGUGAAGAAAUUUACAAUGGGAUUCCUGGAUCUAUUUAUUGUGGCAUUAAUGCCAAUGCUGAAAAUACUCUUAAUUACUGCUGUUGGUUUAUUUCUCGCAACAGAGCGUAUAAAUCUCUUGGGGGCAAAUGCAAGGCCAUAUUUGAAUAAUUUGGUGUUUUAUGUGUUCAAUCCAUCAAACCUUUUCAGCAAACUGGCUGAUACAAUUAGUUUAGAAAGUUUGGUAACCUUGUGGUUCAUGCCAGUGAAUGUGCUUCUCACAUUCAUCAUUGGCUCUGCCCUUGCAUGGAUACUGAUAAAAAUCACAAAAGCUCCUCAACAUCUGCAAAGUCUUAUCAUUGGUUCUUGUGCUGCAGGAAAUUUAGGAAACUUACUUCUGAUUAUACUCCCAGCAGUCUGUGAUGAGGAUAAUAGUCCAUUUGGAGAUUCUUCUGCUUGCUCUACAGAUGGAGAGGCUUAUGCUGCACUUUCAAUGGCGCUAGGUGUAGUAUUUUUAUGGACUUAUGUGUAUGCUAUCAUGCGGUUAUCUGCAAACAAGGCAACUAAAGAAAUUGACACAAAUGACUCUACAAUCCAGGAUAAAACUUCUGAGGAAACCCCAUAUUCAGAGAUUUGCACAGAAGCUCUUCUUCCUUCAAGGGGCUGCCACACCUCUGAGGAAUAUACAGAUCAAGUCGAAGUCCCUUUUUCUGGAUGUGAAGGAAAAGCAAAGGUAUCAUUUCUGGAGAAGGCUAAGCUGCACCUUAAGAAGCUCUUUGGGUACAUUGACCUCAAAAAAUUGUUUGCACCAUCUACCAUUUCAGCGAUUAUUGCGUUUACAGUUGGAAUAGUCUCUCCAAUUCGAAAGGUACUAAUUGGUGAUGAUGCUCCUCUUCGUGCAAUCUGCAAUUCUGUGAGUUUGAUAGGGGAGGCAGCAAUACCAUGUAUGACAUUGUUAAUUGGAGCGAACCUUCUUAGAGGUCUAAAGAGAUCUGAAGUAGGUACAUCAAUCGUCCUAGGGAUUAUUGCAAUUCGGUACAUUAUAUCGCCUUUACUGGGUAUUGUUAUUGUUAAGGCUGCAAACCAUUUUGGCAUGGUGGGAUCAGAUUCAUUAUAUCAGUUUACACUUAUGCUUCAGUAUGCACUUCCACCCGCUAUGACUGUAGGUACUAUUUCUCAGUUGCUUAAGACUGGAGAGAGUGAAUGCUCUGUCAUUAUGCUAUGGACUUAUGUUGUGGCAUCAUUCUCUUUAACAAUCUGGUCAACUUUCUUCAUGUGGCUUGUUACUUAAUCUGGAUUUCCAUAAUUCAUGUAAGGACUUACCAUCAUCAUAACACGGCGUGAAACAAACCAGAAACCAAAUAUUCUUCUAUUUAGAUUAUUUGCAUAAAGAUCAAAUUACUAUGAGCAGCUUACUGUUUUUUGUAACAAUUCCCUAGAAUUGAGAGGAACUAUAUAAAACAUCAAAAUUGAAAUAUAUUGAUGAGCUUAAUCUGUAUUAGAUCUACACAAAGGGACAUAAAAGAUGAAAGAUGCCCAAUUCUGUUCCAAUUCUGAAA